AUGGCGGACAGACCUGGCCGUGAGGGCUCCACCCGACGACCAUCCUUCCGCCGCGCCCUCGCCGACCAUGCGGAAUCCGGACUGCCGUCGGAGUACCUCGAUGAGCUGGAGCAGAAGCGGAAGCAAUUGGACGAGUCGAUCCACAAGUACAUCGCCGCCAAGGAACGCGAAUACAAAACGUGGGAGCGCGACUUGCGACAGCAGUACCGACUGGCGCAGGAGAAGGAAGGCGCGAGGCCGCCCAGGGAAGGUGCCGCGGAAACGGAAACGGGCAGGCACGACACGGACGGGGGAGAGUCGUCUCGGAUACAUGUAGCAGGAAAGCAGCAGCAGCAGCAGCAGCAGUCGGUGGUGGAUACAUUGCUGGCUGCAGGUCUCCGACGAGAUCAGAUCGGACAGCCCGUGGCCGUGGCGGUGGCGCUGGUAGACGACAACGACAACGACAACGACACCGACACCGACAAUGCCAACGCCAAAGCCAAAGCCAGCGCCAAUGACCAUCCGCCCACGCUGGAGACCAGGUCCGUCGCUGGCCUGACCGCGGGACGUCGUGGGGCCAGCGUCGAGCGGGACAAGGAGUUGGUCGGCGUCUUCAUGCCCGCCUUCCUGCCUGCUUUGGACGACAAAGCCCGUCAUCCCAUCUCGGACAGAUCCUCCUCCGACACAUCUUCCUCGCAGAGAACGAGAACUUCCUCCGCACCUCCCCAGCGCACUCCCGACAGAACGCAAGACAUACCAGACGACCGGGAUAUCCGUCGUGCCGACUCGGAACCCGUCGUAGGUGCCAAGCUCAGACGACCGACCGAGCUACAGCUGGUCCAGCGGAAUUCCUCCUCCGCCUCCUCGCAAGAGGGCAGGCUGAUGUCCGCCAUGAAGUCUCCCACCCAUCCCCAGCGAAGCAAACGGAAACGCGUCUCACUGGCGGUAGGCGAUUUUAUCGUCGCCCCUUCAGAUAAUGUCCCCCUGGAAAUGGGCAGUAACAAUAGCACGCCUUCGCACUCCCGCACCCGCUCACCCGCCCCGGACCGCGCAGAACCGCCGCUCACCCUUUCGGUGGAACGAACGCGAACAGAUCCAGCCUCUCUGCCUCCACCUCUCUUGGAGCCCGCAUCCAGCUCCAUUCCCAACGACAAAGCAAUCGAGCAAAUCCGUACGGCUUCAGCAACGAGAGUUCUUUCCCCAGCCGUACAGAGCAUACCCCCUCCAACCACCUCACCGCCCAGACUGGACCCCGAUGGUGACUUAUUCGACCUGGACGAGGACGACGGACCACCAAUACCCGCUGCGGACGAUGAUCUGUUCGGAAGUGGCGACGAGAUGGCAGGACGAGUCCAUCGUGACCCCGCUGCUGCUCUUUACAACGAGCUUGAUGAUCCCAAUCAUGGCUUGAUACAGGAGUCGGACGAGCCGGACGAUCACGCAGAGCACGUCGAGUUCGUUCCCGGUUCUGCAGUAGCAUCACAGCAGCCCACGAACCCCGGCUUCCGACGGCCAUCAGCCACAUUCGACCCCGUUUACCGAGGGGCUAACUACCAGAGUGCCGAGCAGAACGCGGUGGUGAACGACAUCUACGGCUCCUCCUACACUAGACCGAACAAAGGCUCGUUUACCGCGGGCUCUCUCGGAGAGUCGUUCAUGGCACAGAACGCGGAACGCAUGAGAGAGCGGGUGACGCGAGAACAGCCACAAGUACGCUCAUGA